AAAUACGAAAAUAGAAUUGCGAAGCUAAAAACCCAGGCCAUCGCUCUGCGCCAAAACCUUCGCACCAAAGUCCUGUUGCGAGAGAGAUGUGCGGAAUCGCGUUGAUAGUAUCUGGAAUUCAUUUCGAUCCAGCAUGUUCCGCGCCUGAAACUCAGCCCCUGCUGUUGUCUCUCGAUGAUCUUAAGGAAGCUCUUCGGAGGAGGGGACCUCAUAGUCUGGGCAGUAAAAGGCUAUUGCUUCAUUCGAACAGUUCCAAUUUAAUCAACAAGCAAGAGAUUGUUACUUCUAUCGAAGAAGAGGUGACUAUAGAUACUGAAAACUCUUAUUCAGCAAAGGAAAUUUUUUCCAGUUCGUUUCAAAAUGGAGAAAAUCCUGUGGAGGACAAGACCUUCGGUAUCCAUUCAUUUGUUGGAGAGCUGCUCUUUCUUGGUGCCACAUUGCAACUUAGGGGAGUGAGUCCUAUCGUUCAGCCAUUGGUGGAUAAAUUCGGGAAUAUCCUUGUUUACAAUGGUGAGAUAUUUGGAGGAAUACCUGUGGGAUGUGAUGAAAAUGAUGCUGAAAUUCUUUCGCAAUAUCUCGCAAGAUGCUGCUUUGGUAGCUCUCAUGGGGAUAAUUGUUCAUGUUGCUGUUCUGGCAAUGAGGAAGAUUCUGUUCCAGAUGUUCUUUCAAGAAUAAAGGGUCCAUGGGCUAUCGUUUAUUGGCAGAAUAGUUCAAGAACCCUCUGGUUUGGUCGAGAUGCAUUUGGCAGACGGAGCCUCCUUGUGCAUUGGCCAACUGAAAAAGACCCCCGAUUUCUGCUUUCUUCUGUAGCACCUACUUUGGUUGAGCACAGUUCUGCUGCAGAUUUGCAAUUCGAAAAUGGAGUCAACCAGCAGAAAUAUUGGGAAGAGCUCACCUGUGGGAUAUAUAGCGUGAAAAUUGAUGCUUCGAUUUUGAAUGGCUGUCUAAUUGGUGAUAUCCGAAGUCAUGAGUGGAAUAAUUCCAUGGUUAAGAAACUGAUUCACUGGGAAAGAACUCAUGUUGAGCCUACUGCUGAAGAGCUAUACUUGUCGCAAGGGUUUGGGAAAGCCUCUCCAUCAGUGCCCGCUGAGACAGUUCUGACUGCUCUGAGGGAAUCUGUCCUGCGUCGGACUUGUCAUAAAUUUUUUCAGAGUACUGCAUGCAAUUUUAGAGAGCGAUUCUCUCCUGUGGCUGUUCUUUUCUCGGGCGGAUUGGAUUCCAUGAUAAUAGCAGCAAUUUUGGACCAGUGCAUAGACCCUCGGUUUGACAUUGAUCUGCUUAACGUCAGCUUUGAUGGUCCUUCUGCUCCGGAUAGAAUCUCUGCAAGAGCAGGAAAGAAGGAGCUGAGAAGAAUUGCUCCAUCAAGAAGGUGGAGACUUGUUGAGAUAGAUGCUGACUUGUCAAACUUGAGCUCAGAAACGAAGCAUGUUAUGUCACUUAUUCAUCCUGCUAAUACUUACAUGGACUUGAAUAUUGGAAUAGCUUUAUGGCUGGCUGCUAGUGGUGAUGGUUGGGUGUGUGAAGAAAGAGAUAAUGAAAAUGACGAAGAUCUUCAACUUCAUAAUUACAGGAGCAAUGCCAGAAUCGUCCUCGUUGGUUCUGGUGCCGAUGAGCAGUGUGCCGGCUAUGGUAGACAUAAAACAAAAUAUAAACAUGGAAGUUGGCUUGGGCUUGAUGAGGAGAUGAGAUUGGACAUGCAGAGAAUUUGGAAGAGGAACCUGGGGAGAGAUGAUAGGUGUAUAGCUGAUCAUGGGAAAGAGGCAAGAUUCCCUUUCUUGGAUGAAGAUGUCAUAAAGGUUUUGCUUGAUAUUCCUUUGUGGGAAAUUGCAGACCUUGAGCAACCAAGUGGUACUGGUGACAAGAAGAUUUUGAGAGAGGUUGCAAGGUUGCUUGGUCUACAUGAAGCAUCAGCUCUACCUAAAAGAGCAAUUCAGUUCGGUUCAAGAAUCGCAAGGGAAUCAAACCGGAAGAACUUUGGAAGUAACCGCGCAGCAAACCAAGCGUCUGCAGGAAGCGUGGUGAUUCACAUGCCUUAGGAACUGAGUUUUGAGGAAAUACCAAAAUCGUCGUAGUCUUCCUCCCGUGGUACUGGUUGCUUCAACAUGCCCCUUGGUUUCGACAGUAUCAGUAUCUGGUCCAGGAUCCAGCUCAAGUAUUCAUUUCUGCUCGUUGGAUAGUUUUUGCUGUUCGAAGAGCAGCAUAUAUCUCCUUCCCCAGCACGAAGUUAUCAAAGAGCAGUUUUGGGUGAUUGAUUUGGCUACAUAUACUCAAACUAGUUGCUUUUGUUGACCUUCUGGGUUGAUUUUUUUUUCUCUGGGUGGGCUUAGGUAGGCUGGAAACCUACUGAGAGUAUCGUUCGAGAUCAGAAAUGUUAAAGAAAGAACAAGAUGUUUCUUAUCUAGGCAAGCCUUUUAAUCUAGUGCUAACUUCACAAGACCUCUUAUUUAAGAUUUAUGUGCUGCUUGACAUUAAUAACCUUUUAUUUUU